AUGACUAUAUCUCCCGUCUCCCCCAAAUCCCCCCAGGAUUUUAGGACCUCCGCCAUCAAGGACGAGAUCGCGGUCAUUUGGUCCCAAGUCCAGGCCCGUGUCAUCCAGUUGGCCGGGGGAGACGCCAAUCAGAUCCGGCAGAACCUCACCAUCGAGAAUGUCCUUGCCCAUCUUGACCGGGUGCUGGAAGACUCCUCGCCGAAGGAAAGCGCUAUCCGCUCCACCGUCGAUAAUACCUUGAAGUUCAUUGACACUGUCGGGGGUGUGGUCGCGGGCGACGCUGCUGAUUGCGAUGUUUGCGUGCGAAUUGAGGUCUUUGGCCCUGCCGAGCUAUGUUUCAACGCCGUGAGCCUUGUCAUCCAUGCAUGGCAGGGCUACCGGGACGUGUUCGAGAGCUUGGCAGGCCUGCUCGACAAAUGCAGCCAUUAUCUGAGUCGGCUAGAGUACUACAUCCGCGGUGGCAUGGAUGCCCGACUGGCUAAGGUUGCCUGUCAACAUCUACAACUGUUUGUAGAAAUAUGCGAUCGCACCAUCAAGUUGCGACACUCGAAACGGAGAAAAUUGAUGGUCUUUUCCAAAUUCUUCUUUCUCGGUGACAAUGAUAUCCAGGACUUGCUGGACAAGAUGGAUAGUCUGGUCGAUCGCGAAGGGCGUCUGGUCACGGCACAAACCUUCAGUUUCGCAUCCCAAGCCGCUGUGGGCACCAAGGAGAACCUAGCCAUCACCAAGGCUGUGAAUAAUAAGAUUGACAUGCUCAUCGCAAAUCGCUCGGACCAAAUAAAGGAGAAUGAUACGCAGCGCAGGCGGGAUCUCAUCCUGAAAAAGCUGGCGUUCGACGAGAAUAAGCUCGACCGUGAGAGACACGAGCCCGACCCGUUCUGGCAGCGGGCAUAUCAGAACUUUCGAAAGCUAGUCGUACCGGGCACAGGACAGUGGUGCUUCUCCGAGCCUUUGUUCGUGGCUUGGGAACGGAAUCAGGAUACGAGCUCGCCUAUUCUUGGGAUCGAAGGCGUUGAGGGUACCGGUAAGAGCUACCUGGCCUCCACGAUAAUACGAAGACUCCGGAAUCGGAGUUCGGUGGACAGUUGCGGCUCGCGCACUUUACUGGCCUUUUACUUUCUCGAGGGCGAUUCGAAGGAGGAGCUAAAGAGGACUAACCACCUGGAUCUUAUUAUCAAAUCCCUGGUCUGGCAAUUCACGCAGGCCGACGCAUCGUAUUUGAGAUUAGCAGCCGCUGUAUGCGACGAAACCAACGAUCUGGAUCCUCAUGAAAUCCCGGACCAGUUUUUGUUUAACAAAGACUUGGCACAAAUUAUUGACGCGACUUUCUUUAUCGUCAUCGAUGGGAUAGGUGAUAUUAUUGGCGAUGCGUUGGUCAAGUUCCUUCGUAGAGUCUCGACACUCACGCCUGAUCAUCAGCGCGUCCGCGUUCUUCUAACUGGUCGUCCAAGGGCUUUCGAACAACUCGGAGCCGUCAAAGGCAUGUCCUUUGAGAAGAUAUCCAUCAGCACAAAGAACCGGUCCGACGUGGAAAAGUACACGCAGUCCAAGAUGGAUCACAUUGAGGCGCUCAAAGAUACAAGCCGCAUGGGGAUCCCAGAGCUCAGACAGAAGAUCAGUGAGAGUUUAUGUGAGAAGACCGCAGGUGACUAUUUCAGGAUCAUUACAAUCCUUAAGCAUAUCAGCACUCUAGAUUAUGUUCAUGAUAUCGAUCAAGUGCUGGAGGGUGCUGGAAAGGAGCGUUCCGAGCAAAUCCUAGGUGAGAUCGAGAAACUAAACCAAACACUUAGCUCCAAAGAGAUUGCGGAGGUAAAUGAGAUCAUUCUUUGGAUCCUUUACGGCAGGGAGUGGUUCAAGCCGCGCCAAAUGGCGGCCGUGCUUUAUCAAAAGAGUGGCGACCUCUCGCUUCUACCCUUGCAGACAAAGUUGCAAAUAAAGUAUUCAUUGUUUGAAGUGGAUAGUGACGGAGACAUUGACUUUCGCUCUUAUGAAAUCACGGAUUUGAUACCGGAGAGGCGCCAAUCUCUUGACGCCGAUGGAGAAGAAUCUGCCUCCAACGCCACUAAGAAAGUCAAAUCUUCGGAAGUUACGAUUGUGCGCCACUUCCUUAAUACGGUUUGUCCACCAGAACUAUAUGAUCGAUUUGGCUUCGAGUCAUUCUUCGAGCAGAAACUCCGUGGCAGGGGUGGCCACAUAUACCGAGAUGACAAAGACACGGCAGAGGUGAAGCUUGCGGUUACUUGCUUGCGUGUUCUAACAGAGCAAAGAGAUGAACGGCGCGAAAUCCUUCGGCCUUACGCAGUGAGUUACGUUCUUCAACAUCUAUCUUCGGUGGAUUUAGCCUUUGUGGAUCGAGAAUGGAAAGCUGCCGUCGGGCCUCGUCUUUUCAAGCUGUUUACCGACGCAUCAUCGACAGACGCACUACUGUGGACGAAUGACCUGGAAACGGCAGCCACAUUUGUGUGGCAUGCCCGCUCUACAUGGCUCGAUAGUAACGAUGGUGUGACAGAAGUCCUUCGAUGGUUUAGAGACUCGGCCGUAGUGUCGAGCAUCUCUGACCAUAAGGAAAGAGGUUGGAUUACCAACCUUGUUGCCAGCCCGUCACCCCAGAUGGAUCUCCUUGAAUCAUUCGUAAAAAGGAUGGCGGUCCACUGGCUGCGGGAGAGUUCUCCUCAGCCUCUGGCCUGCAACGCCUUUUCUUUCCUGUUUGACUCUAUGCGCAAGAUUGAGCAUGGUGAGAGGUGUGAAGAGCAUUCAACACCCAAUGACCAGUCCAAACCUACUGUUGAAAGCAUUUGCAAAGUAGAAAAUUGGUGCCGUAAAUUACUGAAAACCAAAGAGGCGGACUCUUUAUGGGAAGUACAGGUAGCUACAGUUCUACAAAACUUCUCAUUCGAAGUCGAAGCCCAAAGGCGGUGUCGAAACGCCUUGGAGCUUGAUGCAGCCAAUUGGCGUGCUUCUUUCUACCUAGCUCGCGCAGUUGCAUCAGACGAAGCCAUCAAUAUACUGGAAGACGCAUCAGCACGUCUCCAAGAGGACAGCGAAUGGAUGCAGGAAGACUUUCACAGGAAAGUGCUGGCCGAAAUGCUCUUUGACUUAGGACAGAGAUACUGGUCCCUCGAAAAGUUCGAUCUUGCCACUCAGAGCUACACUAAAUCGAUCGAAACCAACUACACCGGCUACGAUCGUGCUUUGGUGAUUCUUGAGCAGUAUCAGGGCCAACACCGAUGGACGGAUAUCGUGGCCUUGCUAGGAAAGAUCCAAGACACCUCCGGGGAUGCGCGGUCUCUUUCUGACAUGCUUGUCAAUCUAGCCACUAAGGAGACUAUACAUGAAAUCAUAUUACAGACAGCCAUAGAGACAGAGCAGUUCAGUCUUCUGGAGCAGAUGUACGAUGACGCUAUCCAGCUAGCUUCCGAGCUACAGGCCUAUACGAGCCUGUACUACAUCCGCUAUCACUUUGCCAACGCUCUCUCCCAGGAAGUUGAAAACGAAGAACGCGCAGUCGCACUCUGGGAGAUCGCUCUCAAGGACGAUCUCCCUCGGUCAUUCCUGGAUGUUGAAGACAUUCUCCCCAGUCUCACGAUCAAACUAGCCCCGGUCUACCUGCGUCGAGCAAGAGCCGCCGAGCACGACUCAGGAAUGGCCCACGAAUACCUCCGCCGGAUCUCAGAGAUUCUCCCAGACGAGGUGGCCGAGAACAAAAUUCUGUUCCCCGCAAAGCUUUACCUAUCUCGAUACUACCAGGUGAAAGGGGGCCAGGCCAAGGCGAAGCAAAUUGCUCGUAGCGUGGUCAAGAUAUCUCUGGAGAUCCUGUCUGACAACGAUAAACACAACGACUACCUAGCGUACUGGAGACUCCUCCUCGUUUUCUUACCCCUAGACGACGACCGGAACGCAUCCGCAGCAGUCAUCAUGGCCGCACUUGCAAGCCAGUCAUCCUCAGAUACGAACACCGGCCGAGAAGAAGCCCUUCUCGAGAAUCUACAAGACACCGCUCACCCCGACCCCCCAAAUCAAGAGACUCUCGACAAGACAGAAAAGUCGCAAAGCAAAGCCACUCCCUCAAUUGACACCACCAUGAACAAAUCACCAAGACAGGGAGAAGAACACCCUACAAAGCCAGAGCCUCACCCUAUCUCUACUAGUCCCACAACUGCAAACUUAACCCUGGGCUCCCCCUCCUCACCCUUCGCCGACCUGUCUCUCUCCCUUCCACAGAUCUUCGCGGUCUGUGACGGCGAAUGCGGUCAUUACUGGGAAACCGCCAGCGAAAUGUGGUGGUGCAAGGACUGCAUAAACCUGACCUUCGACCGGGACUGUUUCGAAAAACUCCAAAAAGGCGCGUUGCCGCUGAACAUCUGCGACAAGAGCCAUGAGUUCUUGGUGAUCCCUAAGUGGGAUCAUGACAAGAUGCGGAAGAUUCCAAGGGGGUACGUGCCGUAUGGCGAACGGGCUAUUUCGUUGGAGGAGUGGAAGGGGGUUAUUGGGAAGAUGUAUGUUGAGUUGGAUGAGUAA